AUGAAGUCCUUCUUCGCUCUCGCUCUGCCUCUGCUGGCAGCUGCUGCCCCGGCUCCCAUCACCGAGCCCCGAGCUGAGGCCAACCCCAACUUCAACGUGAUGGCUAUCCGCUCGGCAUCUCCCAUCCACUACUCGCAGUUGAACGCUGCGGGCCAGAAAUUCUGGCUCGGUGGCAAGACUUCCUCCUACUGCCCCGACAUCGACGGCAUUCAAUGCCCUCCCGGCAACCAGACUGUCCUGGCGUCCGGUGGAAACUCUCUGGACGUCGAAGUCCCCGGUGGUCAGCAAGUCUACGUCGCUCCCUCGGGUGCCCUGAGCUUCACCCAGGCCCACUCUGCCAACAUCCCCCCGGCUCCGCAGUCGGCGCCCUGGUCUCACUACACCUUCAACGGUUGGGGCGCCAGCGGCUUCAUGGCCUGCCCUACUGAGGACAACCGCUGGCAGGUGUUCGUCGCGAUGCAGAACGCCACCGUGCCCCAAGGUAAUGUCAGUGACUGUCUGGGUUUCUCCGCCAUGGCUCUCCCCUACAAGGGCGAGGUGCCCGCUUGGCAGUACGCUUAA